UACGGAAAUGAAAGAAAAAAAUGCCAAAAGGUGUGUUGUUGGGUUAAGCACUCUUUAAAAAAAAGGCAGGUGAAGGAAAAAUAAAAAGGAAAUCUAAGAGGGAAGAUAAAUUAAAAUUGCAAUCAAUUUCGAGUUUGGUAAUCGGGAUCAGGGUGUCUUUAGAAAUUAAAGAGAGUUUGAUUUGGUUUUUAGGGUGGAGGCUUAAGGAGGAUCCUUCCUUUUACUUUUAUCGUUUGGCUUUUGUCAGCCACUCUUUUCUUGUUCUUGUUCGUCAACGCCUCCAACACAUAUUACUUAAUCAAUAUUUUCUUCAUCUGAUUUUGAUCGGAGCAUCAGUCUGGUUAGAAGGGAUCUCAUGGCCACUACUGGAAACAAGAACAUCAAUGCUAAAUUAGUUCUACUUGGGGAUGUUGGAGCUGGAAAGUCUAGUCUUGUUUUGCGCUUCGUUAAAGGGCAAUUUGUUGAAUUUCAGGAAUCAACCAUAGGUGCAGCUUUUUUUUCCCAAACAUUGGCUGUGAAUGAUGCAACUGUGAAGUUUGAGAUUUGGGAUACAGCUGGUCAAGAGAGGUACCAUAGCUUGGCACCAAUGUAUUACAGAGGAGCUGCAGCUGCUAUCAUUGUGUAUGAUAUUACAAAUCAAGCAUCAUUUGAGAGAGCCAAAAAAUGGGUCCAAGAACUUCAAGCACAAGGCAAUCCUGGUAUGGUAAUGGCACUUGCUGGGAACAAAGUUGAUUUACUAGAUGCAAGGAAGGUGGCAGCAGAGGCAACACAAACUUAUGCUCAGGAGAAUGGUCUUUUCUUCAAGGAAACAUCUGCAAAGACAGCAUCCAAUGUCAAUGAGAUUUUCUACGAAAUAGCCAAAAGAUUACCUCGAGUGCAGCCAGCACAAAAUCCUGCUGGAAUGGUUCUCAUGGAUAGACCUGCAGAACGGAGUGCUAGUGCCACUUGUUGCUCUUAGCUGGUGCUAGCCAUGCUUUAGGAGUUGCAGAAGCUUCGACAUGCUAAGGCCUAAACUUUCCUCCCAAUUAAUACAAAGCACAUUAUAAAUCACUCCUUCAGUUGAUUGUUUUGAUCGAUCAAUGCUGUCUCAAUUAUAACGUAGGCAUGCGUUAAAAGAUUUAAAGCUUGACCAGUUUAUAUCUGUUCUAAGACAUUAUGAUGAUUAGUUAGGCCUAGUUUUGAGUAUUAAAAGUUGGUACGUUAUAUAUAAUCAUAUAUUCGAAAGUUUAGCUGUUGCCAGAACUAAAUAAUUGCAGUUUUCCAAGAAAAUAUUCGAGUGAUUAAAUGAAACAGUAUAUUCAGUUGGGAUCCAUUUACAACAA